AUGAAUGGCGACACCUUACCAUUAAGCAACUCCUCUUCCGUCGCGUCGAAUACGACGGCAGAGAAAGAGAGCGGUUACUCUGCGCUCUUUGCGAAAGGCAAAUACAAGUUCUGGGCCUUAGCGGCGAUUCUGUUGCUCGCUUUCUGGUCAAUGCUAACCGGCACCGUGAAUCUGCGUUGGUCAGCCGGGAACAUAAGCCAUUUCACAGACGAUCUGGUGUUUCCGAUCUACGAGGAUCUCGAUGUACUCGAAAUGGAGGAGAGGGAGAAAGUGGUGAAGCAUAUGUGGGAUGUUUAUAACAAUGGCCGUCGUAUUAGGUUGCCGAGGUUUUGGCAGGAGGCGUUCGAGGCUGCUUACGGGGAGCUUACCAGUGAUGCACCUGAUGUUGUUGAAGCUGUCGUUUCGGAGAUUGCCAGGAUGUCUAUACGAUCUGUUGUCAUAGAUCCGCCUCCAGUGCAUUCCACGAACGUACGGGAACUUACAAAGACACUGAAACUAGCGGACAAAGGAACUCAAGUCUCCUCCAAACGAAGCAGCCGUCGAUUGAAAUAA